AUGAGAAGAUCAACGGGAGAGCUCGACUCGAGUUUGGUGGAAACAUGCUUUCUCGUUCGAACAGACACACAACUGAUCCGAGUCAGCCCUAUAGUGAAGCAUAUCGGACAGAGUGAGCCCGGUUGUAUCGCGGAAUGUGCACGUCAGGAACCACUUCGCUUUGCAGAUGUGUUACAACUCGAAAAAGGUUCCAUUUCUUAUGAUGACGGUACAUCUGUGAUAUGUGGCGACGAAAAUCCAUGCGAAAUGUCUGCUGCUCUCGAUGUGAUGGAUGGUACUUCUCGGGAAGCUGGCCACUAUCGCCUACUUCCAUCAAAAGCCGAAUGCCCUCAAGACACUGCCGUUCUGUUCAUCCGUUCUGCUCGGUCUCAUAACGAAAAAGGCACAAAUCUGGAUACGGUAUCCGAUGUCACCGAAGAUGACUGUCUGUUUUCAUGCUUGACUAAUCAGGCUGUCGAUUCACAUCCAGUACAGUGCGCCUCGGCUGAAUACGACGCGAAAGGAAGUCGUUGUACCUUGAGCCCUGAUCCGAGAGCGAACGAACUCACCGAACAUCCCACAUCGGUAUUCUACGAGAAAAUAUGUGUUGCACGAAGCGUCUCCGAUCAGUGUUCGGGAGCGGCAGUCGAUCGGGUAGCCAACAUGGUCAUAAUCGGUUACAUGCGUGACACAGCCACAACGUUUGCCAUUGAAGAAUGUAUCGAACGAUGCGUGCAAGCCGAAGUGUUACUCGGAUUUCAAUGUCUAUCCAUUAUGUACUACUACAAUGAAACCAUCCUAAAUUGUAUUCUCAACGAUGCCAGUGUUCGAACGAACCCCGAUGCAGCAACUAUUAUAAAUUCGCCGAUUGUGGACUAUUUCGGUAUUGACGACUGCUAUGGACUACCGGAGGCUACAGAUGAGCGACAGAAUUUCCUCAAAGCUUUACCAGAUGUCAGCGACAACAACAUUGGCACUGAACAAUCAACAAGCAGUCAACCCGAAGUGAGAAGAGCGAUCCGCUCGACUCUCGACUUGGAUAUCAAUCGAUAUAGGCGAUAG